GCGACACCAGUCGGUGGAGAGUCAGGAGACGAGCGAAGCUGGCGGUUGUCGAGGAGGCUGUGAACGGCAAAAAUUUGGUCUUCGUGGAUGUGUUUUCGCUCUUGUAAUGGUUGGAGGCCAUCAUACGGCGCCCAGCGAAGGAACAGACUCAAAGGGUGGACGGACACGGGCGUCAUUUUGGCAGAGCGGCUCACGUUAGCGGUGUUUUAAGCUCCUAGCCAGUUAGCAUUACCCGAGCUCGGCUUGUAGAGGCUAGUUAGCUGAUGUUGCUAACGCGGUAGCUCCUGGUAGCUGGGUGCAAACACUCACUGCUGCAGGUGGGAAACCAAGAGACGACGCAGGAGCGUAUUAUACCUCACCGGAGGCUCCAGCGUUAGCCUCAUCAAGCUCCAUAGGAUAUCGGUUUGCAGACACGACCCGAAGGAGCAACCGGCGGAGGCCUGCCGCCUUUGUCCAGCCUAACAUUUCUGAGCCUUCCACCUUCCACCUUUCACUGCCCCUGGCUAACUCGGUGGCUCAGCAGCACUUCAAAGGGGAAAGUCUGUGGCACUGCAGAUAACACGCUGCACCCCGAAGCACUGGCAAGCUUUCCAGAUCCCCUACGAAGUCCCUCAACUGACAGAAGGAAUCAACCCUUAGAGUAGGACCUGGAGUGGAGAAGACCACUUUUGGUCUCAACAAAGGCAGACAGAAAGAACUAACGUCAAGCCCUUCUCCUCCUCAGACAGCCUAGCGAAGGUCCAGGAGGUAGCAAGCUGGCUUUUGGAAAUGAACCAGGAUCUGCUGUCGGGGGGCAGCAGCAGCAGGCGGAGUCGAGGGCCGGGGGGUCCGGCAGUGCGAGGUAACGCCUCCUCCACAGCCCGGGCACCCCAGCAGGCGGCAGAGGAGGGCGAUGAGGAUGAGCACAUGAACCGGGUAGUAGAGGAGGAAGAGCAGCUGCAGCAGAGGCCUGAGGCAUCACAGGUUGACGGUGGCCGAGAACAACCAUGGGUGCCCAGCCAGGAGCCAGGAAGGGGAAGAGGAGAAAGAGGUCAGAACGAGGAGGAGGAAGAGGAGGAGAACAACAACAGCAGCAGCCACCAGGAGGAGGAGGAGGCGGAGGAGAGGACAGAGGGAGGGGAAGAACAGGGAAGGGAGGAAGAGGAGAGGGAAGAGGGAGAGGAGGAAGAGGAGGAGGAUGAGGACGAGGAAGAGAUGGACCAAGACAGUGAUGACUUUGAACAUUCGGUUGAGAGUGGAAGAGAGGAGGAAGAGGAGGAGGAAGGAGAAGGGGAGGACGGGCUGCGCUCUCCUUCUCUCAGGAACAAUGUGUCUGCCCCCAAUAAUAACCUGGACUCGGGUUGUACACACCAAAGCUCUUCCAACAAGAAGAUGAAAAGAAAGUUGGACCAUGGCCCCGAGGUCCGAUCUUUCCCUUCAGGAAAAAAGCCCUGCAAAGGUCCAGAGUAUCCAAGCCCAACAGGUAUUGUUCCAUGUCCAGCCACACCCACCACAUUUGGCCACAUCAGAACAGCGAACGGUCAGGGGCAACAGAGACGGCGUAUCACCUCAAUCCAGCCACCCACGGGUCUCCAAGAAUGGCUCCGAACAUUUCAGAGCUGGACUGGCCCAGAGAAGCUGCUGGCGCUGGAUGAGUUGAUUGACAGCUGUGAGCCCACACAAGUCAAGCAUAUGAUGCAGGUGAUUGAGCCGCAAUUUCAGCGAGACUUUAUCUCCCUGCUGCCCAAAGAGCUGGCUUUGUACGUGCUGUCAUUCCUGGAACCGAAGGACCUCCUCCAAGCAGCCCAGACAUGUCGCUACUGGCGCAUCCUGGCAGAAGACAACCUACUGUGGAGGGAGAAAUGCAGGGAAGAAGGCAUUGAUGAGCCUCUGCCCCUCAAGAAGAGGAAAAUCGUCAAGCCUGGCUUCACCCACAGCCCUUGGAAGAGUGCCUACAUCAGGCAGCACAGAAUAGACACUAACUGGAGGAGAGGGGACCUCAAAUCACCCAAGGUGCUGAAAGGUCAUGACGACCACGUGAUCACCUGCCUCCAGUUCUGUGGCAACCGCAUCGUCAGCGGCUCUGACGACAAUACGCUGAAGGUCUGGUCGGCUAUCACAGGAAAGUGUCUGCGGACGUUGGUGGGCCACACAGGGGGCGUGUGGUCAUCCCAGAUGCGAGACAACAUUAUUAUCAGCGGCUCCACUGAUCGCACACUCAAGGUCUGGAACGCAGAGACAGGAGAAUGUAUCCACACCCUCUAUGGGCAUACCUCAACAGUGCGCUGCAUGCAUCUACAUGAGAAAAGGGUGGUCAGUGGCUCUCGUGAUGCCACGCUGCGCGUCUGGGACAUCGAGACAGGUCAGUGUUUACACGUCCUCAUGGGCCACGUAGCAGCAGUGCGAUGCGUCCAGUACGACGGGCGGCGGGUGGUUAGCGGUGCCUACGACUUCAUGGUAAAAGUGUGGGACCCCGAGACGGAGACCUGCCUUCACACGCUGCAGGGCCACACCAACAGAGUGUACUCAUUACAGUUUGAUGGGAUCCACGUUGUGAGCGGCUCAUUGGACACGUCUAUAAGGGUCUGGGACGUGGAGACGGGCAACUGCAUCCACACGCUAACGGGGCACCAGUCCCUCACCAGCGGCAUGGAGCUCAAAGACAACAUCCUGGUCUCAGGCAAUGCAGACUCCACUGUCAAGAUCUGGGACAUCAAGACGGGCCAGUGCCUGCAAACACUGCAAGGUCCACACAAGCAUCAGAGCGCCGUGACGUGUCUCCAGUUCAACAAGAACUUUGUCAUCACCAGCUCGGACGAUGGCACAGUUAAACUGUGGGACCUGAAGACGGGCGAGUUCAUCCGAAAUCUGGUGACUCUGGAGAGCGGCGGCAGUGGCGGUGUUGUGUGGCGCAUCCGGGCCUCCAACACCAAGCUGGUGUGCGCGGUUGGCAGCCGCAACGGCACAGAAGAGACCAAGCUGCUGGUGCUGGACUUUGACGUGGACAUGAAGUGAGAAGGGAUGUGGUGGGGAAGGACGAAGAGAGCGAUCCGCGGAGAGGAAGGCAUAGAGAAUGGGAGAUGAGGCACCUAGAAACCGGAGGGCCGUAGCCGCGAACUCUUCACCCAAACUCGCAAACCACCACCACUAACAGUGGGCUGUUCUGUCCUCUACCAUUAUCUCCCCCGUCCCCCUUUUGGGUAAAUGUUACUGACAAAGCCACAGACCCUCACAUGUGUUUAGCCCCUGACCCCCUACCACCAAUAUGAGGUGGAGUAGGAGGGGAUUGGGCUGGAAAAGGGGCUGGGGGGCAUGACCGGUCUGUCCCUCGAUUAGGUGGGAGAAAGAAGAGAAGAAGGAAGGAACAACUGACGACGACUGAACUUUUUUGAAGUGACUCUCCACCCCUUCGGUUCGGGGUCAGCUUCGCACAGAGACUUGGUUUCGCUUCAAGCCUGACAGAUUUUGAGAUGUACAGAGAUAUAUUAUUUUUUAAAGGCCCCCCCCCCCCGACACACGCGCACACACACACACACACACACCAUCCCCCAUCAGUACACGCCCAUAAACACACACAAACAUACACACACACAUACUCAAACCAGAAAAGUGGAAACAUUGACCGCAGGAAAAGACUGGGGAAGGUGGGAGACGUUUAAACGUGAAUUUCCGCACAGUUACAUGUAAAGAGCUGCUUGAUGUAAAGGAGAAAAAUUGGAGGGUUUAGCCUGUAAUCAGGCUCGUUUCUCGUCACUCCAUUUCCGUUCUUGUUGUUCACCACUCGGUUUCUGUAGUUUGAUUUCUUUACAAUAUCGCACACAAACACAACUGUGAAUUUCAGUACCUUUUUGGUUUAUCAUAUGAAAGGGGUUUUUCUAUUGUUCUUUUUUUUUUCUCUCUCUUUCCUUGCCGUUGCCAACAGCAACAAAUCCCAGUAUUAGAAACCUGCUCAGUUUAGGUUUGCUGUCAUUAUGUCACAAGUUUUUGUUUUUUUUUUUCUUUCUUUUUUCGUUUGAGUUGUUUUUUUCUUCCUUUCUGUUUUCUACAUACCUGGGUUUGGAGCUCCGUCUACACAUAAACAUCAGUGCUGUCCAGAAUUUUUUCAGUCUAGCUGGGGUGGUUUCCUCAAGGUUCUUUGCUCAAAGCACUGUGGAUUAAUGCCCCUGAACCCUCCAGCCCCUUCCCCUCUAUUGUUUCCCCACAGUGGCCAAACUGUAUUUAUGCUGCUAGAUGAAUGGAAAAAAAAAAAAAGAGAGAGAGAUGGAACUUUUACUUGCUGUGACGUUUUAGUCCCAGGCGAAAUUCCAAAUUGAACUCUGUAUGUUUGGACUUCAAAAAAAGAUAACAUCCAACAUUUUUGUUUUGUUUUGUUUGUUUUUGCCACUGAAACUUGAGCCAAACGUGCCUCUACGAGGCUGAGAGGAGGGAGCGCGUCCGACAGAUACUGACGGGGUCGCCUGCAGAGAGGAAACAAGCGGAUGUACACUGUUGGCGUGCGUGCGUGUGUGUGUGCAUGAGUGCGUGUGUUAAGCGUGUUAAUGGGCAACUUGUAAACACAUUCCUUGGGACAAAGCUCUUUCAGCCUGUUCUUUGGGGAAAUGUACAAAUGCUGUGUGGACUGGCAAAGAAAAAAAAAAAAAACUAGCAGAUGUAUUGACUUUAACACGUGAAUGAAAGAACUGUCAGUAUCCAUGUGUGAUUGUUGUUCCAUUCAAAGAUGUCUGAAGCAACAGAGGAGACCAUCACAAGCAUCAACUGACAGGUCGAGCUGCCAGGAGUCUUAGUGUUACGUGUGUUGCAGUUAAAAUCACCGCGGUCGCAGCCUCGGGUUUGUCAGUGGGGAAAAAUAAAAACACAGAGGCAACAAACGUGAACUGAAACAUUGUAGCCAAACGAAAAUCGUCUCAGUCUCCAAGAGUCACAACUCAAGCUGAACUGUGAAAGUGGUAUAACACUGUAUAUUAAAAAAGAAAAAAGAAAACAAUCUUGCUCUAUCUCCUCUCGUUGUUUUCUCCCUCUGUUUUAAUUUAUGAUCUGGUUUGAGAAAUCAGAUUUGUUGCAGGUGUUUUAUUUUUUCAGUUCAUGUAAACUGCCUGGCAAAAAAGAAAACAGACAGAAAAAACCUUAAAGGGAUUGUGUAUUUGUUUGAUUCACUUAGAAUUUUAUUUUCUUAUAACUUAAGUGCAAUAAAAUGUGGGUUUUUCUUUUUUCAUUUCAAGCA